CAAAUGCUUUUCAUGGAGCACACCCCGUUGUCUUAUUUGCCAGGAUUUACAAGUAUCGAAGCUGCGACUUUGGCUGCCGGUAGUAUUGUCUACGCUUACGCAGCUCAAGCAGUGGUUCUCCCACUGGAGAAUAAGAUGAGAAAGCCCCGAGAUAUGCUGGGCGUAUGCGGUGUUAUAUCUACCUCUGUGAUAAUCAUAAGUUUUCUCUAUAACAUAACUGGAUUCUUGGGUUAUGUAACAUAUGGAGACAGUCUGAAGGGAAGCAUCACUCUCAAUCUUACCAACUCACCGCUUGACUUUUCGGUCAAGUUGAUGCUACUGCUCAUGACUUAUUGUGGAUACUUGAUUCAACACUAUCCGAUAGUAGAAAUGCUUUGGCCAGCUGUUCAAAAUCGCUUUGAAAACGCCAGCGACAAGGCAACUCUUGCAAUGGACUACGCUUUGCGAUAUGCGGUUGUAGUACUCUCAUUUUGGAUCUUCUUUGUGUUUGCCAAAAAAGAAGUAAUAUUCUUUGCAGUUGGACUUGCCUACGUUAUUCCAAACUUCAAAGACAUCGUUCCAUUCAUCGGAGUUACGACAGGAAUGAUGAUAGCAUUAGUAUUUCCUCCACUGCUCGAAACAGUUGUAUUUAUCAAAAAGUGGAGAAGUGGCAAUGUCAUCGCACUGAUAUGUAAUGUGGUUCUUAAUUCAGUGUACAUAAUACUUGGCGUAUUGUUUGUGAUAGUAGGAAUCUACUCAAAUUAUAAUGUUUUGGUAAAUCGGAACAAACCACAGUGA